AUGUUGGAGCCUCGUGACGAGGACGAUGGUCUUGCCGAACGUUUUCCACUGGUUUUUAUGGGUCGUCGAAGUCACUCUGCGGCACUGGCACAUAUUGCCUUCCAUGUGGUAACCCGUCUGCAACCGCGCAGCAUUGUUUUCAGAGCAAGUAAUUUGCUGCCAUGUCGUUGUAAGACAACGGUCGACGAAUGCCCAAUUCUAUUAGAUUUGAACAUAAUGGCCUUAGGAUAA